GAGAGAGAGAGAGUGUGUGUGUGUGUGAGAGAGAGAGAGAAAGAGAGAGAGGGUGUGUGUCAGAGGGAGAGAAAUGGGUAACUUUAUCCCGGUGUGAUUAUAGCGCGCGCGGGGUUGCUGGUGGUCGUGUUGAGUAGUCGGUCUCCUCGCGGGAAGAAGAGCCACAGGCGCGAGCAUCCUCUGCCAACAUGAUCGCCACCACGCAGCAGAACAUGACCACUGACCUGGACCUGGGGAGCACAGGUGGGACUCCCCGGAACUGGAAGGGCAUUGGCAUUGCCAUGGUGGUCAUCCUGGGGGUCUUGUCUCUGGUCACCCUUUCCAUCAUCGUCCUAACUCCUGAUGAGUCUCACCUCCUCACGCAUUCCCGCCUCACAGUGGAGGACCUGGAGAGCAUGGAGUUUAAAGUCCACGACCCCUGCAUGAUGUGGCUCAAUGAGAAUGAGGUGGCACUGUGCUCCCGGGAAGGCCACGUUCUCCUCCACAACUUUAAAACCAACCUGACCACCACACUACUGGACAACAGCACCAUGGAUCUGAAGUCCAUGAGGUUCCAAGUGUCGGCUGAUAAGCGGUUUAUUCUUAUGGCCUACAACAUUCGUCCAGUAUUCUCUCAGUCCUUCACUGCUUCAUAUGCUCUCUACACUGUGGCCAGCGGGGAGCUGCUAGACCUGAUCCCAACAGGUGCUGAGGUGUCUGUUCUGCAGUACGCAGCGUGGGGGCCUCAGGGGAACCAGCUGGUGUACGUGUUUGAAAAUGACAUCUACUAUCAGUCUGAAGCAGCCAGCCCAGCCAUGCGCCUCACCACCACAGGAAAAGACGGACUGGUGGUGAACGGACUGACUGACUGGACCUAUGAGGAGGAGAUUCUGCUAAAGUAUCCAGCCCACUGGUGGUCCAGAGAUGGCGCUCGCCUGGCGUACCUCAGAAUCAACAACUCUGACACGCCCAUAAUGGAGAUACCUCACUUUCUGGGCGGGAUUUAUCCCUCAAAUGUGCUCUAUCCAUACCCCAAAGCUGGAUCGAGUAUUCCUUCAGUAAGCCUGUUUGUGGUGAACGUUUAUGGACCUGCCCAUACUCUGGAAAUGAUUCCACCUGAUUCACAGAGCAGCAGAGACAGCUACAUCUCCAUGGUUAGCUGGAUCAGUAGCACCUGCCUGGCCGUGCGCUGGUUAAACCGGGUCCAGAACCAGUCGGUGGUGUGUGUGUGCGAGGCCACGACGGGAGCCUGCUCAGAGAAACACAAAACGGCUGUGGACUUUCUGCAGAAUCAGCAGCAGGAGGAGCCGUUGUUCUCGGCAGAUGGCUCUCAGUUUUACCUCACGCUGCCUGCCAAGCAAGGAGCCCGUGGGGAGUUCCGCCACAUCGCCAGCCUCCCUGCCCAGCCUGCUCUUCCUUCAGCUUCCCCUCGCUUUCUGACUUCAGGGAACUGGGAUGUUACUGAGCUUUGCGCUCUGGAUGAGAAGAAUGGUAAAAUUUAUUUCCUGAGCACAGAGGAGUCCAGACACAGCAGACACUUAUAUAGCGCUGAACUUGAAGGAGUGUUCCAUCGGCAGUGUUUAACCUGCAGCCUCUUCGAACGCUGUACCUUCUUCAGAGCUGACUUCAGCCCCAACCAGACUCACUUCACACUCUACUGUUUAGGUCCAGGAGUUCCAAAGGUGACGAUCCACAGCACUAAAGACCCCUCCCGAUACACUGUGGUUGAAGACAACAGCCUGCUUGCUGUGUCUCUCGGCACCAAGAGUCUUCCAGAGACCCUCUUCAGGACGCUUUCCUCUGAUAGCUACGACCUGCAUCUGAAGCUCUCCCUGCCCCCGGGGUACGAGGGAAACCUGCACCCCCUCCUCAUCAUGGUUGAUGGUAGUCCAGGCAGUCAGACGGUUACAGAGGAGUUUGCCCUGGGCUGGCCUCAGGUUCUGUCCAGUUUGCAUGGAGUAGCUCUGGCCUGGGUGGACGGCCGGAGCAGAGCGUCGCGGGGUCAGAGACCAAGUACUGUGGACCCCCGCAAACUGGGAUCCCUCCGUAUCAAAGACUACCUGGGAGUAGUUGAGUGGCUCACUCAGUUGCCUUAUAUUGAUGGUCGAAGGAUUGCUCUUUAUGGAAAGGGAUUUGGGGGCUAUUUAAUCCUGAAGAUGCUUACAGCAACUGAGCAGAUGUUUAGAUGUUCUGCCAUCUUGGCCCCCAUCACAGACUUCAAACUCUACAGUGCUGCCUUUUCGGAGAGAUACCUGGGCCUCCCUGGAAAAGAAGAACAUGCUUACAUGACUGCUUCUUUACUAGAAGAUGUUCACAAGUUAAAGGAUGAGAACUUCCUCCUGCUGCAUGGCACUGCGGAUGCCCGUGUGCAUUUCCAACACAGUGCGGAACUGCUGAGUCGGUUGGUGAAGGUGGAGGCUAACUCCACACUGCAGCUGUACCCAGACGAGGGCCACACUAUCAGAGAAAAACGCAGCAUUCAACACCUGCAUCGCUCUCUCCUUCAUUACCUCCACAACUGCCUCAAACACGACCCCCUGCUGCUCGCAGAAGAGGAGGAGGAGGAGGAGGAGGAAGAGGACUGAACUGGACUAUUAAAGGACUAGUGUCUCUCUGUUCAUUACCACCUGGGGGCCAGUUUACGCUGCUGUAUUUAGCAAGAGGGAAAAGGAAGAGAAAGAGGAACUAUAUGGACACGGAUCAAGCCAGCCCUGCCAGCCAAUCAGCUCAACAGAUGAAGGUGCCAGGAGAACUCCUACAUCAUAACACAAUACAUUAUUUUAUAUGUUUAUUUCUUAACUGAGUUGGUGACCUACAGUACUUAUGGCUCUAACAGUCCAACCGAGGGGCACUGAACACCGCCUUACACUACAAUUCCUACAGUGACAUCUAGUGGCAAGGAAGCGCUACUGCAAAGAGCUCUGUGGAUUGCAAUAAUCACAGAAUCACUGUGUGUUUAAAUUCACAAGAAAAACUUUACUAAUUUAAUUAAUUUAUAAUCAGAUUACUGCAGUUAAAAAUGUGAUUACUCAAGCAAGCAAGUAAUUUUUAAACAGCAUACUCUACAAAAACAAAUCUGAUUUAGAAAUCUGAAGGAUUUUAGCUACAUAACCAGAUUUCUCAGUGCAUGUAUUCUCCUAACCGGAGUAUUCUGGGAUGUCUCAGUCUGUGCAUGAGUAAAAACAGACCAUGGAAGUUGAAAUAAGUAAGCUGACAUCCAAACAGUUUCAAAACGAUACUGAAACUAAAAAAGCUGUGCCAUAAGGUUCAUAUUCUGUGAGAUUAUUGGCUGGUUGCAAAGCAAAAAUCUGAUAUUAUUGUCUGACUCUUGUAAAAAGUAUAUUUUUUUUCAUUAUCUUUAUUAUAAUUCACAUAAACAUGUUGAUUGGAGGACUUCCAAACACAAACAAUGUUCUGCAGCAGUAAUCAGAUUAUACAGUUUAUACAUUUAAAAGCAGUCCCUCACAAAAGCUCCACAGUGUUAUUUUAUCUCGACAGUUAUAUAGUCUAUAGUAGAUUUAAUCAAGCACUUGAAAGCUACAGUAUGUUGUCUGACUCAAGCUCUUGCUAUGCAUGACAAGAGAACUGCAUGGUGAAGUAUGUUCUUUUUUUAUUUUUUAUUUUUAAUCAUAGGCACGUACCAGCAAAAAAUCCGUACUUCCACUUCGUACAUUAAGUGCAUUAAUGCAAAGAGCUUAAACAAUGAACAGCAGAUAAAUGAGGCACUUUUUCAAAGCAUUGUGUUUAGGGCUGCACAAUAUAUCAUUUAUUGUUUCUGCAUCAUUAUUGCAAUAUGCGCAUGUGCAGUAGGUAUGAAAAACCAAUGGCACUAUUAAAAAAAACCUACGGAAUCAUUUAGUAAACAAAAAAGUGUUAAACAAACCAGAAUAUGUCUUAUAUUUUACAUUCUUCAAAGGAUUUUCUUUUUUUUUCUCAGUCAGCUUUAUGAGGUAGAGUCACCUGGAAUUCAGGCUUUCAGUUAACAGCUGUACUGAACUCAUCAAGAGUUAAUUACUUGAAUUUAUUGCCUCUGGUUGAGAGCAUCAGUUGUAAAGUUGUGAAGAGGUAGAGUUACAGGUAUACAGGGAAUAGUUCUAUUUGAGUAAUGUUCAAAAAAAAUUGAUGAAACUGGCUCUCAUCAGGAUCACCCCAGAAAAAGAAGACCAAGAGUUUCCUCUGUUGUGCAGGAUACAUUUAUCAGAGUUACCAGCUUCAGAAAUCACAAAAACAGCUCCCCAUAUAAGAGCACCUAAAUUCUUCAAAGAGUAUUUUGGUUUGUUUAACACUUUUAACUUACUACAUGAUUCCUUAUGUGUCCCUUCAUAGUCGGGAUGAUUUUAGUAUUUAUUUAAAUUGUAGGUAAAAAAACACAGAAUGAGAAGGUGUGUCCAAACUUUUGACUGGUCCUAUAUAUAUAUGUUUGUAUUUUUACUUUGCUGCUUAAUAUGAAGGGAUUUAGACUGACCAUUUACACUGCCCUCCUUUUCCAUUCCUUUUUCAAUCUAUUAUAGUUUAUUUUUAUUAUAGGACACACAGAAUGCAUUAAUAAUAUCUUGACAUAUUGGAUCAGAUAUUGGACUUCUGAUGAAAUCUGGUAAAAAAAAUAUAUAUAAUAUUAAUAUUGCAAACUACACUGCCUGACCUAAGGAAAAGAAGUCACCACCAAAAAAAAAAGGUCACACACUCUAAUAUUUAAUUGGACUGUCUGUAGCUUUGAUUGCAGCACACAUUCUCUGUGGCAUUGUUUCUACAAGCUUCGGCAAUGUCACAAGAUUUAUUUCAAUCCAGUGUUGCUGGAUUAAUUUUUCACCAAGAUCUUGCAGCAGCAUUGAUGAUGGUAGAGUCUGACCACUGCACAAAGCAGCUCUUCUCCAUCCAGCACAUCCCAAAGAUUCUCAAUGAGGUUCAGAUCUGGACUCUGUGGUGAACUCUCUCUCAAUCCAUGUGUGAAAAUGAUAAAUGAUGAUCUCAUGCUCCCUGAACCCUGAACUCUUUCACAAUUCCAGUCCCAUGAAUCCUGGCAUUGUUAUCUUGGAAUAUGGCCGUGUUCAUCAGGGAAGAAAUAUAAAAUUCAUUGAUGGAAUAACCUGGUCUAUAUUCAGUAUAUUCAGGUAGUCAGCUGACCUCAUUCUUUCAGCACAUACUGUUGCUAAAUCUAGACCUGCAGACCAACUGCAGCAUCAACCCCACAUCAUUUACUCACUUAAUCCAGGUGGUGUAUGUCACAGAAAAAUAUUGUGCAACCCUAAUGGUAAUGUCUGUGAAAAAGACCUAGAAUCCCAACCUGCACAUCAUCCUGCAUGCUAUGCAAUGCUCUGCAGAUGCCUCACUGAUGAUUUUACAUCUCUCAGUAUAAUUGAAUGUGCAGAAUGUGCCAAAUGUCAUAUUCGUAAAAUAAUUUAGACUGUACUUUGUUGAGACAUUGAUUUGUUAAAUUUGUUGAAUAAUGUUUUUCCAGCAUAUUUUUAUUUUAAGCAACUUAUUUCCCUAAACCCCAUAUUCAUUUUUGCUGGGUUGGUUUACUAAAGCUGCGAUUCUGCAGCACUGAAGAAUCAUCAUCAUUUCAUCAAACAGACUGAUCAAUAACUAUGAAGUAGAGUGUGAACAUUGCAGAGAAAUACAGCAAUAAAACAAACAGGGCCCUAUCUUA